GAUUGGCUGUUGGUGCAGCAUUCCUCAGCGUUUUUCGACGCAAUAUAUAAACGUUCCUUGCCUUUGGAUGAAGCUGUACUCGCUCGGCGCUGCUGACUCACUACGAGGAAGGAAAGGAACCUCAGAAGAAAAGGACGAGAGGAAAUGUGUCAGCAGGUUUCCUUGCUCCUGCUCGGCCUCAGUCUAGGCCUGGUCACUGCUUUUCCCUCCCAACAGCCUGACGCCGAGAAACACUGGGUAUUGAUUGUGGCCGGGUCUAAUGGCUGGUUCAACUAUAGACACCAGGCCGAUGUGUGCCAUGCUUAUCAGAUCGUCCACAAGAAUGGUGUCCCAGACGAGCAGAUUGUAGUGAUGAUGUACGAUGACUUGGCUCAGAAUGAAGAGAACCCCACACCAGGGAUUGUUAUCAACAGGCCCAACGGCACCGACGUAUACAAGGGAGUUCCCAAAGAUUACACCGGGGAGGAUGUGACUCCAGAGAACUUCCUGGCCGUGCUGAAAGGUGACAAGUCAAAAGUCAAAGGGGGCUCAGGAAAAGUCAUUAAAAGCGGGCCCAACGAUCACAUCUUUGUCUAUUUCACUGACCACGGGGCCCCAGGACUUCUGGCCUUUCCUGACGACGAGCUCCAUGUUGAGGAUCUCCAAGAAGCCAUCAAAUACAUGCACGAAAAUAAGAAGUACAAGAAGAUGGUUUUCUACAUCGAGGCCUGUGAGUCUGGUUCGAUGAUGACCGAACUGCGGGCUGACAUUGAUGUUUACGCCACCACCGCUGCAAACUCCCAUGAAUCCUCCUACGCCUGUUACUAUGACGAGAAGAGGGGAACCUACCUGGGUGACUGGUACAGCGUGAACUGGAUGGAGGACUCAGACGUGGAGGAUCUGUCCAAAGAGACUCUGGUGAAGCAGUUCAAGAUCGUGAAGAGUCACACCAACACCAGCCACGUGCAGCAGUUUGGGAACAAGACCCUGGCCCACAUGAAGGUUGUACAGUUCCAGGGCAACCACAAGGCCAACAGCCCUCCUGUCCCUCCCAUGACCCUGAAGCCUAUCGUGGACCCAGACCUGACCCCCAGUCCGGACGUUCCCCUGGCCAUCUUGAAGAGGAAGCUGAUGUAUUCCAAUGACAUCACAGAAGCCAGGCGACUGUUGAAGGAGAUCAACGCUCACCUCCAGACCAGGGAGAUGAUGGCUAACACCAUGCGUGCAGUCCUGGAGAAGGUGACAGGCAGUAAACUGAAGGCUGAUGAGAUUUUCAACCAGAGAAGUGAACUGUCUCAGCAUCGUUGCUACAAGGCUGCAGUCAGUCACUACAAACACACCUGCUUCAACUGGCACAAGACGGAGUACGAGUACGCGCUGAGACAUCUGUACGCUCUGGUGAACUUGUGUGAGAGAGGAUAUCCUGCUGUCAGUAUCCAGCAGGCCAUGGACAUUGUGUGUGUCACAGAGUAGAAGAAUCUUCCACAGAUCUUUGAAGUAUCAGAUCAGGAACCCUCUGUGCUUCUGUUUGCACUGUUUAUCAAUUAGUGACAACACUGUUGUUGAUAUGGUUUUACAAAGAAGCAACAACUAAUGUGAUGUUUUUAUUGUUGAUUUUACUGAUGAACUGUUUUAAAUCAUUUUAUUUUGUGUUGCACUUUCACUGCUGACAGUUUUCUGUUUGAUAAAAAUGACAUGUCCUCUAUGUAAAUGUGUUUGAUUUUUUUAGAUGAUACACUCGUCAGAACACUGACUAUUAAACUGUUAGAUAUUUUUGUAAAAUGAAUCUUAAAAUAAAAAAAAAACAACUGACAGAAAAA